CCAUCAGGCACACACCCUAGCUAGAAUACUUGUGAGCAUGAUAUCUCCCAUUAUCUUCAUCUUUUCUCUCCUCCUUUCCUCCUGCCAUGCUGCAGUGCAGGACUUCUGUGUGGCCGACUUUACAGCCCCUGAAAGCCCCGCAGGCUCCGCUUGCAAGAAGGCUGCAACGGUGACAGCGGACGAUUUUGUUUUCUCUGGCCUUGGCAUUGCCGGAAACACCUCAAAUCUUAUUAAAGCGGCAGUCACUUCGGCGUUUGCUGCGCAGUUUCCUGCUCUGAACGGGCUUGGAAUUUCUUUGGCUCGUCUGGACUUGGCGCUUGAUGGAGUUGUGCCAUUCCACACACAUCCUGGAGGCUCAGAAAUCCUGAUUGUUGAGAAAGGAACAAUCUGCGCUGGGUUUGUUUCCUCAGCUAAUACUGUCUACUUUGAACAACUUGUGAAAGGUGACAUCAUGGUUUUCCCUCAAGGAUUACUUCACUUCCAAGUUAAUUCCGGGCGUAUUCCUGCCGUAGCAUAUGCUAGCUUCAGCAGUGCAAGCCCAGGACUCCAGAUUACGGAUUAUGUUUUGUUUGCAAACGAUUUACCGACUGAGUUGGUAGCAGCAACAACUUUCCUGGACAUUACUCAGAUUAAGAAGCUUAAAGGCGUUCUUGGGGGCACUGGUUAAUUAAUUAAUUAAGGAUUCUUCUUGCCCAGUAGCAGUUUCUUGGUUUAUUAAUGAAAGAGUGUUGUGAGUGAGUGGUCUUUGUAUUGCUUCUAGGAACUAGUUAGUUUGAAUUGUAUGCUUACUGAAUGCCUUCUGACUUUCAAAGCAACAAUUCUGUAUUUCUGUUAAAGGCAAGUGCCUUUGAUAAAGCAAGAUUAAUAAAUGCACUAUCUUUGUUUUGUGUUA